GGACAGACUCUUAAGACAUGAGGGAUCAUUUGUUCAUCUUUGCUCUUUCAGAGCUUCUGGCUGGUGUGUUUGGUGCUGAUGAUGUUGUGAGAUUGUCAGUGAUGGAGGGAGAUUCUGUGACUCUACACAUAAAUCCUGAUGAAAUAAACAAUGCCUCAGUUCUUCUCUGGGUGUUUAGUGAUGAAGAAACAUUUCUAGCAAAGAUCGACAGAGAAACACAUCAGACCUCAAUACCUGGAAACAAUGAUGAGAGAUUCAGAAACAGACUUCAGGUGGAUCAGACAGGAUCUCUCACCAUCACUGAUGUCAGAACCACAGACUCUGGACUUUAUAAACUACAGAUCAGCAGUUCUGAAAUAUCACACAAGAGACUCAAUGUGACCGUCACUGGUGUGUUUGGUGCUGAUGGUGUUGUGAGAUUGUCAGCGAAAGAGGGAGAAUCUGUGACUCUACACAUUAAUCCUGAUGAAAUACAGAACUCCUCAGAUCUUCUCUGGAUGUUUAAUGAUGAAGAAACAUUCCUAGCAAAGAUCGACAGAGAAACAAAUCAGACCUCAAUACCUGGAAACAAUGAUGAGAGAUUCAGAAACAGACUUCAGAUGGACGAUCAGACGGGAUCUCUCACCAUCACUGAUGUCAGAACCACAGACUCUGGACUUUAUAAACUACAGAUCAGCAGCAGUUCUGGGAUUUCAUACAAGAGAUUUUAUGUGACCGUCACUGAACCCAGUCAGACGUCACACUGGAUGAUAACUGGACCAGUAUUAUCAAUAACAAUGGUUCUGACGCUGAUGGUUUCAUUAAUAAAACACAAGCGCUGCAGGAAUAACAAAGAUGGUGAUAAUAAAGAUGUAACGCCAGACUUCCAACAUUAAAGCAGAAAAAAGAUGAAGAACAUCAGAAGUGCUCCUAAGACCAUAAGAGAUCCAGCAACAGCAGCACAAGAGAUAACAACUGUAUAAUGUGAGUGUGUUUCUGCUGAUGGAGGAUAAACAUCUGCUGUGAUGAUAAACAACAACAACA